AUGAAGCGGCCAGCAGCAGCCAAAAAACCUGCGGCGCGCAAGAGACCGGCAGCUGCACAGCCAGAAAGGGAGAGACAGGAUCGCGACGCUGAUGAGAACAGCGUUUUUGAAGAAUCGGAACCAGAUGGGACAUUUGGAUUUGACCAGCCGGAUGGACAGGCAAAAGAUCCUGGUCAUGAUCAUGAUGGUGACGAAAGCCAGUUCGAGGAUUCCGAGAUCGAGGAUUGUCAAGUGCCCGUCUGCGAUUUGCCAGAUCCGCCUACCAUAUCAAGCAUUGGGGUGGACAACCUUUUGCACGCCUUUCUUGUCAAGCACGAAGGUGUCCGUGAGCAAUUGGUGGAAGCGAUGCAGGGCCUUGCUGUCAACGGGGAGAUCAGCGUGGGCUCCAUUUGCAGUGGGUGGGGCACUGGUGACAUGGUGAUUGAUUGCUUGAACUUAAGCCUGGGUGAAAGAGUGCCCGAGUCUCCGUUUCCUGAGAAAGAAGACAAAGACACUGAUUUGCUGCCUCGGCUGGUGAAUAGCUUCACAUUGUCUUUGCAAAGUAUGACAAGUGACCCAGACGUGAACUGCAUUGGGCAGAAGAGCAUUCACCCAGAUGCCUUGGCUUACCUCACUCAAUGGGUGGAUGGGACGCUGCAAAAAUUCGUGGUAAAGUUCCUUUGCGAGAACGAACCCUUCAAGCAGAAGUAUUUGGCAAACGCGUUUGGUGAGCCACUCUUGUUCGCGGACAUGACUGAGUUGGGAAGUGGUUGGGCCCGAGACUACAGAAGCGGAGAGUACAAGCAUGUGCAACUUUGCUUGGUGGGGUACCCAUGCAAAUCGCUCUCUAUGCAGAAUCAUUCUGCCAAGUCCUUCAGGGAUGAGAGCAGCACUUCCGGCAGAGGGUACCAGAGUAUGAUGCGCUUCGUUGACUACGCUCGUCCGACUAUCCUUUGCGCUGAAAACGUAGCUGCAAUGCAGCACAGCAGGAAGCGAUUUGAAAAUGAAGUUCCAAUACAAAUUCAGGGGGAGGCUUUUGAGCGCAGGGGGUACGCCGCGUUUCACGAACUCCUUUGCUCCAGCCACUUCGGACUGGCGCAGCAGCGGUCUCGGGUGUGGGCGGUGUACUACAAGAAGAAGUUGGAGCCUGAGCCGAGUGGCACGCCUCAGAGCAACCCCUUGGACAUUGUCAAGUUGUUCAAGUGCAAGAGCUACGAUAUCGAGAAUUUUCUCCUCCCUCCUGGUACCAGCGAUGUUGCCCGUGGGCGCGUGAGAGCAGACCCGGCUAAGAGGAAGAGGAGCGAUUUGAAGCUCAAGUGGAGCAAGGGCUUCAAAAAGAUUUGCCAAUCUAUGAACAAUGGUGCGGAUGUUGAACCCAAUCGCUCGAGAAUCCGUGGAUUCCAGCUGAGUUUGACGGAGAGGGAAUUGGCGAUCCUGUCGGUCGCGGUGACGGAGUUGCAGAAUAUGGGGAAGUGUCCGUUCUCGGAGACAUACGUUAUCCAGGUAUGGCCACCUGAGAAAUCCGAGAGCUUCCAGACAUCAGUGCUCUCUUGGUCGUACUCGGAUCAUGCAUUUUGGCGUGGGCCAUCCGUGGCCAUGAGCGAGGUUGUGAACUUUGCCCAUUCGAUUGCGUCCAGCCGCUUCAGAGAGGGAGAGACCGUGACACUUCGCUUGCCUUGCGGGACAUUGAAGCCGGUGAACCUGGCGCUUGGCAGUUUGUACUUCAAUGAUGGAUCCCAGAAGACCCUUGGUGGAUUCAUCGUGUGGAUCUGCUUGUGCAUCGCUUCAAAGCUGAGCCACAACGAGGGCAAACUUGGGGACAGUCCAAGUCUUCAGGCUUUUGCUAGCUCACUUCUUCGGAUCAGGACGGUCCUGAAGGGUAGUUCAGGGAGCUAUGCAGAUGAUGUUGAUUCCGCUGUGGCACGAAUCGUAAAGCAGAACAUCGACGCCCGAGUACAACCAGUGAGCUCACUGGCAUGGUGCGCCAUUUUGCGCCAACUGAGUGAUGGAGUUGCAAACACCUAUGAAAGUGCUAUGCUGCGGUACAACUCUCACCCAGAAGUAGUUGCUCUCGAAGCAUCUGGCGGAGCCGGACCUAUUUCCCUCGACAACCGCAAGAAGCAGGCAAGAUUGACGGCGGUCAAGCACCUGCUUCAAUCCACAAGCCCUGAAGCAUUCGGUCAGAUGAUCAGUUCCACACACGAUCUACCCUUCAACCAGGGCCCCUAUGGAGAAGGGUUUUGCUCCAUGCCGGGCAUGUUCAUUGGCAGUGUGGCGAAAUUGGACCCCUUGGACCCGGAGAUGGACACCAUCAGCCCCCAGUUGACAACGGAAGAGUUGCUUCGGAUGAGGAACUUGGUCGCUUUGUUUUCCCAGAUUUCUGGGAACAUUCAGUCGAGAACGACUCCAGAGGAGUUUGGCCAGUGGAUCUCUGAUGUGGAAAGUGGUCUGGGCCGAGAUGAAGAUUUGCUUCAUUUGAUACAUCGCCGUCCCCAGACCUUCUCCAUGUCGAUGCUUUUGUCACACCAGGACAAAGCGAAAGAUGAUUUGCAGGAGACUGAGCGGAAGAAAACAGAGCUGGUUGAGACUCAAAGGCAGGAAGUGGUUGCUGCCCAGUUCCGAUACUUUUGCACUGCUUUGGAGCAAGAUCACACGCUCAUGGAGACCGUUCAGAAAGCCCCCGCCGCGGUGAAGCAGAAGCUCCAUGUGAAGCAAGUCGCCCACCGCUCCAAAUUGAUUGCGGAAGACAGUGGAGUUGGAUUGGAUAUGGUUUCCACGGUUGGCUUCAUUGACUUCAAUGUCCCCGGCGCUAGGGGUGGCAAGGCAGUCCAGGCGCUCACCCAGGCAAUGUCGAUUGUGAACGACACUGGGAAUCCUGCUUUGAAUUGCACCCUGAUGUGCCUUCCGGACCAUGCCAGAGACAGCUGUUUGCGUGGACUUUUUGACGAAGAAAAGGGCAUUCUAGAGGCAUGCUUCGGGCUUCGUCAACACGUUGAAACGCGUUGGAUCGACUUGCUCACGAGGGAAAAACAUGUUGAAGGCAGGAGCAAUGUCCGAAGGUUCAGCAGUGGACGCAUAGUGGUCAACGGUGACACCAUCGAAUCCAACCAGUGGCUUCAGAGCGAGUUGGCAGUCUGUGGGCGCCCGGUUUCCGCAAACGAAGGAGUUGUUGGGGCACCUACAUCAGUGCUGCCCAAAGCUUCAAGCCUCCUCCUGCCAGAGUCUGCCUCGCCGGAGUCUGACCUUCGCUUGUCAGAGAGGUCCCGUCCCUCUCCUGAGCAGCAAAGCGCACAGGAGGGAGCGUCUCGGCUACAGCUCCUCCUGGAGAGCUUGAUUAAGUACACUCCUUUGAAGGGCCCUGUGCUGGUGGUAAACUGGACUGGGUAUGUGGAGGAACUGGCUCUUGCUGAGAUCAAAAGCAUCCCCGGAGCAGAGUAUAUCUACGCAAUCGAUGCAAUGGGUCUCAAAGCGUGCGUUCGCCAAGGUACGACAAUUGUUGUACACCCGGACCAAGUACGACAGUGGACAAAUGCCGGAAGUGAGUUUGGCGAGAAGUUUGCUACGUUGAAAGCUGACCACGAUGCCCGCUACAUGCGCAUGCUGAAAGAUGCGAUCUCUUCUCAGGGCGGAGCUUCGGGAGUUGACCCCAUCCUGUCCCGCUGUCAAUCAGAGGUCAGUGGCAUUGAGCUCAUUCGGACCAAGUCGGGAAAAUUGUACUUGAUUUCGCAGAAAGAGCGGGUUCUUGCCAAGUGGACUUUGCUUGGAGGAUACGGAACAGGAAAGUAUGUGGCUUGUGCGGAUGGCCAGAGCGGAGUGGAACUCGUGUGGCCAGAGGGAGACCGCACACAGUGUCUCAUGGACAUGUCAUCCAUCAACGCCGAGUCGACUCAGGUUGAAUGCCUUACACUGUACAAACUUCUUGUGCACUUGGAAUCCGUCAAGAAGGUGGCAUCCCACAAGCUGUCCUAUACCGAGGUCACUCGCGUCACAGACUCCACUUCCAGCUCUCCCGAUUCAUUCAAGGUGACGUUCAAGGAUCGGAUGCAGUACCAGUGUAUGGCAGACACCACUAAGUCUGCCACGAUGAAAAACUUCUUCAGCCAGAGCGUGGCGGCAGUUAGCAGCUCCAAGUGUGUGCGAGGCGUAUUUCGGUGGAGGUUCGAGCGGGUACACGCCUGCCUGAAAAUUCAGAAACCAUACGUGCUGACAUCCAAGGCUCUUAGCCUCAAGGCCAAGGAGCCGGUAGAGAUCGCCUAG